AUGCACCGCGCGUCGUGCGCGUCGACCGCGCCGUCGCGCGCCGCGCCGAGCCGGCUCUCGGCGCGCGCGCCCGCGCGCGCCCUCUGGACGGCCGUUGGCGGCAGGAGCGGUCAUCAUCGCGACGGGACCGCCGUCGCCGCCGCCGUCGAUCGCGACGCGCAUUCGCGCUCGGACGCGCGCGCGCGCCUCGCCGCGUCCGAGCGCGCCGCCGCCUCGCGCGACGACGCGACGUCCUCGUCCGCGUCGUCCGCGUCGUCCGCGUCGUCCGCGUCUGAGCCGCGCCCGAGUCGCGCGGCGGCGCAUCGCGCGGCGCGACGCGCGAAGCACGAGCGCAUCGUCCACGCGGGCGCAUCGCGCGCUGAAUCGCGUCGCGCCGAGCGGCUCGCGCUCGAGACGGCGUCGCUCGCCGGCGGCGUCGCGCCGCUCCUCGCGCGCGCGCGCGAGCUCGCGUCGGCGUCGGCGUUCCCUAACGCGGCUCCCAGCGAGCGGUCGUCGCUCGAGGUGGCGCUCGCGCUCGCGCGCCACGCGACCGCCGCCGCGGAGACGCGCUCGGACCGCGUCGCCGCGACCGCGACGACGGAAGACAUCGCGUCGAGCCUUCGCGCGCGGCUCGUAGAGGACGAGUGGCGCGCGCGCGUCGCCGCGCACGCCGCCACGGACUGGAUGCCGUGUAAGGCGAAGCCGCGGCGGCGGCCGAAGGACCGCGAGUGCUACGCGCCCAAGGCGCGGCAGGGGUGGAACCGCGUCGCGAUGCGAGAAGAGCGCGUGCGGACGUGCGUGGGGUGCGACCGGAUGCUGCCGACGAGAGAGAUGAUUCGCGUCGCGCGGUUGCUGAAGGCGCCGCGACGCGGCGGCGGCGGUAGUAGUAGUGACGGCGGGGACGGCGACGUCACCGACGACGGCGAUGCUACGAGUAGUAGUAGUGAGAAGAGUAACGGUCAAGAUGGGGGCGUUUGGAAGGUCAACGGCGAGUCGGAUUGGAAAAAGAAGCGGCGGCAGCGUAAAAAAAAGGGGAAAAAAAUCAAAGCCGCCGUCGCCGUGGACGCGUCGUCGCUGCGCGACGAGGCGCUGCUGCGAAUGGUUCAGCCGGGCGGGGAGGCGCACGCCGCGGUCAGCGGCGACGUCGCCGCGAUCGAGACCGCGGACGCGUGCCUGCGGAGGACGCUCGAGCGGGGAGGGAGGGAAGGGGACGCCGCGGACGCGGCGGCGGACGCGGACGCGGUGACAAAAACCAAAACCAAAAGCUCCUCCUUCGAGAAGACGCCCGGGCGUCAGCUCCAAGGCCGCGCCGCGUACGUGUGCCGCCGCGCGUUCUGCGCGAAGAGAGCGACCAAGGAGAAGGCGUUCGUGAGGGGCCUCGCGUGCGCCGACGGCGCGUCGAAGCCGUUCGCGGACGCGCUGAUCGCGCUGUGCGUCGCCGCGGAGGCGUCGGACGGCGUCGACAGCGGCGCGUGGGCGUAUCGACGGCCGCCGGGGAUACCGUCGAGGUGGACGACGCACCCGGGGUUCGUGGACGCGACGACGGGGGAGAUGGCGGCGGAUGCGGUGGAGAAGAGGGGACUCGUGAGGAAGGCGGCGAGGACGGGGAGGAAGGGUUUGGGGUAG